ACUCCCCCAGCCAAACUCUUUGAAGAAAUAUUGUUGUAUUGUCAGUUAUGAACUCAGCUCAGUAGCCUUGCGUUGGCAUAAGCACAAAAGUAAUCAGGUCCCGGUCUGACGCUGGAAUAUCAUUAGCUAACCAAUUUGAAAAUCCCUCAGGGAUGUUCCCUCUCUGAGCUGAGUGAUAAAUGUAAUAAGAGUCCAACAAGUUUAAGUAUCUCCUGAAUCUAAAAUUGAGAAAGCUAACCUCUCUGUGCACACUCCCACAUCUUUCGGAUAGAGUCAUGCGUAAUUUUUUUUCCACGCAAUAAUAUAAAAGUCAGAUCCCUCCGCUGCCACCCAGUCCAAACUUCGAGCCCGGGCCAUGACUAUCACAAGUCACAUUUUGAUCAAAACAUUGAACAGUCGCAGACCAGCAGUGCACGCAGUGUUUGACGGACGGAGCAUUUUGAUCAAAACAUCAAACUUCAAUCGCAGUUUUCUUCAGUAAAAGACGGACAAUGAAGUAGUUACUAGAUCUUUAAACCGCCAGAUUCGCAAAGAGCCCCCGAGUGCCGUCUGAAAUACGCUGCUCGUCCCGAAUCCGAAGCUUCUGGUUUCAUUGUCUUCCACAAGUGGAUCUGGCGGCUGGUCGAGAGGGAGAGACAGAAAGCGCGGGGGCGGUGCGAGCUCCGGGAAGGAGGCGGCACCCAGUUACUACUGCAAGGUAAAGGCUUUAUAGCGCCGAACAACCCGACCGCUGGUUCCGACGCGACCAAAUGUGUACGUGGGGCUGUUAAAGACAAACGUAAGGAGAGAUUACCGUGCCCGUGGGGUGCUGAGGGUACUGAGGUCUGCCUGACGACCACCAACGGCGAGGAGGGCUCGAACAGCAAUUUUGUGGCAGCAUUGUUAAUUUAAAAGUCUUAUGAGGGCUAUCUUCAGCGAAAAUAUGCAGCAAAUUUUCAUGGAUGAAAUUGGAGGAUAAAUUGAAAUGGAACUUGGUAGUCAUCAGCUUUCCAAGAGUUUUGACAAUUGGACAUUAAUGGAUAUUGUCAACCCAAUAUUCAGUGACCUGGUACGAAACUUUGACUGAUAUUUCCUCUCUCAACAACACGAAGCCAUGCAGUCCAGGAUUCCUGGCCCCACUACAAGGGCAGCCACAGCAAUCAGCAGCAAUUCCAAGUCUCUGACAACUAUGAACCGACAAGGUCAAACUGUUAGCUGUUUGAAUAAGUACAACGCGUUGCCGUGCAAAUCGGGGAGUCAGAAAGAUCUGUCUGACAACAUAACUCAACUGCCUGUCAUGAAUGGGAACAUGCAGUUAAAUUCAACAAGGCAUCAGCAUACUUCAACCACGUCUCAAUCCAGAAACCUACCACCAAAUAGAAAACAAACCUCGGACGUGUCCUCCAAGCAGACUGCCAGGCAGCUAAAUCUCACCGUUUCUUCUUCAAUAAAUGAUCUGGAUAAGGCUCCUAGCCCAGGAUAUGAAAAAGGCUUAUCUAAUGCAAAUAAAUCAGUGGAGGAACUGAAAUAUCACAGUAAAACUUCUAGAAAUACUGCAGAGGGCAGAAUUGAAACCUUUUUGAACAACAAGGGGCAGGAUAUUUCAGUGGAACUUGGGAAUCCUGAAUUAGGUAAUACUGAAGCAGAUAGUGGGGAAUCUGCAUAUAACAGUCCACGGAUACCACGGAAGGGAACUGUUCAAGCUUUGAAUAAAACUCAGAACAUGCAGAAGUCAGCAUCAAAAAUGUCAGACAGAGGUCAAAAGGAACAGAAGAGUGACAGUAGUGGAACCAACUCCAGGGGAAAAAUGGCUUCUACAAAAGCCUCUCGAAUUGCUGGCUUGAAUCACGCAAGGAGCAAGGUUUUGAAUGAUGUGCAGAAGGGCGUUGCAACUCUUCCUCCCAGGGGAAAGUGUAAAUCCAGAUUCAGUAUUUCAAAUGAUAAUCUAUUGCAGCUGUCGAGUUGUGGAAGUGCAACAGAUACAGAGAAACCUAAAAGCAGUUCCAGUCAAAGACAGCGUAAAUCUGAUGUUAGCUGGAAGUCCUAUAGUUUCUCCAAUUUGCUUUUAGAUGACAACGAAGAUUUUUCAGAGCUGUCUGUCUCCUCCGUGAGUUCUCCAAAGCACACUUGUACAGGUGGUCUGAAGAUGUCCAUCAAUAGCAACGUCAUCAAGCUUCCAUCUCCAACACAGAACAGCCAUCCCAACACAGCAACGGUAGCUCCCUUCAUGUACAAAGGAGAAACAAAGAGAGAAAGCAAUAAUAUAGAAGUAAAGGAGUCCACAGCCUAUCCCAAUACAGGGGAAAACAACUGGAAACUCAAAAAAACUUUUGAAGAUAUUGAUCCAGAGACACAACGAAAAAGGACAGUUCAGAAUAUCGUAGAUCUUCGACAAAACUUGGAAGACACAAUGUCGAGUUUAAGGGGAUCACAGAUAACCCAUAGUUCUUUAGAUUCAGCCUUUGACAGUGACCUGACUGCUGAAGUAAAUUCCAGAAGCCGCGGCACAAGUUCUUCCAACCGGUCUUCACCGUUGUCCUGGCGCUACGGUCAGGCGAGCCCCCGUCUCCAGGCAGGAGAUGCACCUUCUGUGGGCAGUGGCUGCCAGCCUGGAGGGAAUUCUGGCUGGUUCGUUCGCGGAGACUCGUCCCAUUACUCACACACCAUGCCCAUGCGGAGCUCCAGUAAGUCAUGUAACAUCUCUCGCUUAGACUUGGAUUCUCUGGAUGCUGAUGAUGUGGACCUGAAGUCCAUCAGUGCAGACAUGUCUGGCUAUAUGAGUGACAGUGACCUGCUGGGGAAGACGAUGAAUGAUGACGACAUUACAACUGGUUGGGAUGAAAGUAGCUCUGUUAGCAGUGGCCUCAGUGACACCUCUGACAACCUGAGCUCUGAAGAUUUAAAUGCCAGUUCAUCUCUCAACUCCUAUCCAACCACACCUGUUGCUUCCAGAAGAAAUUCCGGCAUAGGGAAAAUGAAUGUGCAAGCUGUUAACACCAAAAGAGAAUUGCGGACGGAUGCAGAGAAGCGUUCUAUGGUUGAGAGUGGUCUGACCUGGUGCAGUGGCUCUGAAGGCAAAGGCCAGAAGAAGUCAGAGGGUGGCUACGAUGCCAGCAAUAUCAAGAUGGAUCAAAACACCAAGUGGAGACGCAUUCGCAGUGAAUCAGCUGACGAAUCUACAAAGGGAGAAGUAAAGAAACCACAACCUACAGUGCAACCCAGUUCACUGAAAAAGAGUGCAGCACCAGUAGGGGUAACUUCUCCAAUGACCAGUUCAGGAACAGGCUCUCUGAAACCAUCUGGUAAAAUUGAUACUAAAGUCCAAGACAAAGGAAAGUUGGCUCUCAAAGGAACAAGCUUGCAAAGAUCUUCAUCUGAUGCUAGUAGGGACAGAGUUGGAGAAGCACGAAAACCUCCAUCCGGAAUUUCCAGGCCGUCUACUGGUGGCUCCUUUGGCUAUAAGAAGCCUACUACAGGCACUGCAACGGUAAUGACAGGUGGUGGAAGCUCUGCACCGGCGGGGAAAACUCACAAAUCCACAGGCAUUCCUGUUAAACCAACAAACUCCAGGAAAACCAGCCUUGACGUGUCCCAAAACCAUGAUGGUUUCAUGUCGUCAGGUGCAAGGACAGCAGUGCAGUACCGAAGCUUGCCCCGUCCAGCCAAGUCAAGUUCUGUCAGCGUCACUGGCAGAGCAGGUGUAAAUAGACCUGUCAGUAGCAACAUUGACCCAAGUCUCAUCAGCAGCAAACAAGGAGGCAUUCCUGUGUCACGUCUGAAAGAACCCUCAAAAAUUGGCUUGGGGCGUACAAGUUCAGGUCCGGUAAAUCAAACGGAUCGAGAGAAAGAGAAGGCCAAGGCAAAGGCAGUGGCUUCGGAUACUGAAUGUACAACUGUAGCAAGUUCUGCGAAGACCACAGUGGUCCCUGAAAGUCAAAAUAAAUUGCAAGGAAUGCGACAGCAAAGUUCCAAGUUCUCAGAGAUGUCAUCUCCAACAGCUCAGAGGAUGAUAAGUUCAAAAGGAAUCAGCAAGCCACCUACAAUGGCCAACAUCGACAAAAUCAACUCCAACAGCUUGGACUCUUCCACCUCAGGGCAUGCAUCUGGUAGUAGCAGCAUUACCAAUGAGCCUUUAACAAAACUCCCCGAUGUCCAGACAAGUACAAUCAGCUUAGCUCCAUGUCUAACCCCAAGCCCUGCCCCUGUCCUUAAUGUAAAUUCCAGUACUUUUAGUCAAGGGCUUGGUCUAGGUAGCAAUUUCACAAACAAUAAGGAAACCCUAAUGUACCCUAAGCUAAGUAGCCUCCACACCAGCAUGGAAUCUCUGGAUCUUCCUUUGAGUGUUCCAAGUUCAUUCUCCAGUAGUGGCAUGCUUUCAAGGGAAGAAGAUCAUAGCACACUCACAUGGACUGGAGGUUCUAGAUUCUCACAGAUGGAAAGUGCACAACGUGACAGAAAUACUCUGCCGAAAAAAGGAUUCAGAUAUGGAACAAGCUCACAGCAGGAAGACACAAAGGAAUGGCUUCAUACACGUCCUACUGCCAGCUCUGUAGACACAGAUAGCCAAUUACUUUCUUCUCCUUCUUCCGUCCCAUUGUCAAAUUUAGCAAGCCCUACGGUGGUAUCUCAGCUCAGCAGCCCCACUCCAAAAAUGAUGCGUUCCAAUAGCAUUCCGACCCACGAUUCCUCUUUCGAUUUGUAUGGAAGUCUGCAGAUGGGAAGCACAAUUUCCUUGGCUGAAAGACCGAAAGGGAUGAUCCGCUCAGGUUCAUUCAGGGAUCCUGUGGAUGACGUUCAUGGCUCGGUGCUUUCACUUGCAUCCACCACAUCAUCGGUUCAUUCCAUGAGUGAAGACAAGGUCCAAGGAGAGCAUAUUAGGAAACUACGUAGAGAACUUGAAUCUUCACAUGACAAGGUUUCUGCACUUACAUCACAACUGUCUACAAAUGCUCAUCUCGUGGCUGCAUUUGAGCAGAGUUUGACCAAUAUGACAUCUCGUCUGCAGAGCCUUGCCAUGACAGCAGAACAAAAGGACUCAGAAUUAUUUGACCUGAAAGAAACCAUUGACAUGUUGCACAAAAAGAAUGCAGAAGCACAAGCUGUUAUACAGGGAGCCCUGAACAAUCCUGAUUUAACACCCAAAGAAUUACGUAUAAAGAGGCAGAAUUCAUCGGACAGUAUCUCCAGUCUCAAUAGCAUUACAAGCCAUUCUAGCAUUGGGAGUGGUAAGGAUGCUGAUGCCAAAAAGAAGAAGAAGAAAAGCUGGCUGAGAAGCUCGUUUAAGCAAGCCUUUACCCUCAAAAAGGCACCCAAAUCAGCAUCGUCAUAUUCUGACAUUGAAGAGAUAGCAACACCGGACUCUUCUGUUCCAUCAUCACCCAAAGUGCAACAUGACGAUGCAGAAUCAUCAUCUCCCUCCAUGAAACCAUCACAUUCAUCCACAAAGGCCUUUGAAUCCAAUGAAACUGACUUGAAGGAGGUGUCAAUCCUACGUAGUGAGCUGUGGGAGAAGGAACGAAAACUAACAGAUAUUCGCCUAGAAGCUCUUAGUUCAGCUCACCAGCUAGAGCAAUUGCGAGAAGCCAUGCACAACAUGCAGGUGGAAAUUGAAGCAUUGAAGCUGGAAAAUGACCGUCUUAAAGCAGAUACAGGUACGGGAGCUCCACAGGCUGCAGCAUUAUCUUCUGCCACGUCGUCUCCUCGGCGAUCAUUAGGGCUCACCUUAGCUCAUUCGUUCAGUCUCAGUCUUACAGAUUCUGUUGACCAAGAUACAUCCCCAAUGGAUGGGGUGACCAGCUCUUCCUCGAAGGAAGAAAGAAAUGUUCGAAUUGUAGUCCUGCUGACUGAAGAGCAGAUUUGUAAUGAAAUCACAAAACAGCAAGAGUUUUUCAUUGGUUCGGUCAAAGUAAGUGGAACAACUGACUGGACUACUUUAGAUGGAGCUAUCUGCCAGCUAUUUAAGGACUACAUUACGAAAGUGGACCCAGUUUCUUGUCUGGGGUUGAGUACAGAUGCCAUCUACAGUUAUGCCGUUGAUCGUGUGAAACGUGUGUUUGGAACUGAUCCACCAGAGCUGCUGCCCUACAGAUACAUGGGAAAGGAAGCCACCAGCUUUGCUGUAACUUUGAAAGGAUUGAAGGAAAAAAGUGUGGACAGCUUGGUUUUCGAAACUCUCAUUCCUAAGCCAAUGAUGCAGCAUUACCUCAGUCUACUGCUUAAACAUCGAAGGCUCAUCUUGUCAGGCCCUAGCGGGACUGGCAAGUCCUAUUUGUCCAUUCGUUUGGCUGAGUACUUGGUUCAGAGGUCAGGACGGGAGGUUACGGAUGAAAUCAUUGUAACAUUUAACAUGGAUACACAUUCAUGCAAGGAUUUGCAGCUAUAUCUUUCCAACCUCGCCAAUCAAAUUGACAGAGAAACUAGUACAGGGAAUGUACCAUUGGUAAUAAUACUUGAUGAUCUCAGUGAACCUGGCUCUCUAAGUGAACUUGUCAAUGGUGCCCUUACAUGCAAGUAUCAUAAAUGCCCAUAUGUAAUUGGAACCACCAACCAGCCUAUCAAAACAACACCAAACCAUGGUCUUCACCUCAGUUUCAGGUUGGUGCCAUUUUCUAACAAUGCAGAACCUGCUAAUGGAUUCCUUAGUCGCUACUUACAGAGAAAAUUGAUUGAGUCAGAGAAUGUCGCAAAUGCAAAUAAUAAUGAAAUCCUCAAUAUUCUUAACUGGGUGCCCAAGUUGUGGUAUCAUCUGCACACGUUUCUAGAAAUGCACAGUACAUCCGACUUCCUUAUCGGUCCUUGCUUUUUCCUAUCUUCUCCUGUCAAUGUGGUUGAAUUUAGAGAAUGGUUUAUUGACCUGUGGAAUUACUCUAUUCUCCCUUAUCUUCAGGAAGGAGUCAAUGAUGGUGUUAAGACCUAUGGAAGGAAAGCUGUGUGGGAAGACCCUGCUAAGUGGGUGCAGGAUACUCUACCUUGGUCAAAUGCUUCGCAGGACCGCUCCAAGAUCUUCCACUUGCCUCCUCCAAGUAUAGGAUCACAUGUUACAGGACCUCCCGCAGAUGAGAGGAAGAUCAAAGAGACAGCCCCUGCUUCAGUUGAAUCUGAUCCACUUAUGAAUAUGCUACUGAGGCUUCAGGAGGCAGCCAAUUACACCCAAAGUUGUGAAGGAGACAAUGUUUUGGAAUCAUCUUUGCAAUCAACACAUUGAAAGAAAGCAAAGCAAGGAAUAUGGGAGCCAUCUUGUUUUUAAUCAUGUCAUUACUACAUUUUGAAUAUUGUAGUCCUGAAACAGAUGUAUAUUCUGUGAUAGACGUAGUUAGGUAGGGGGCUAAAUUAAUUGAUGGGUAAAAUUGUAGGCCCAAAAUCAUAUGUAAGUUAAAUGUGAUCAUUUAUUGUAAAUCAUAUCGCCUAGCCAUCUGGAAGGAAAAAUACCAUCUAACUCUAUGGACUUUAAAUGCUGUGUUUGUACCUUAUAAUUCAAUCUUCAAAAGUGCAUGGCAAUCAUUUAAGCAGAAAAAAAUAAUAUUUUAGUAAGCUUUAUUAAGGUUAACUCCGAGUUUACAACUCAAACAAUUAUAGGAGCCAUCGCUGUUCCACUACUGCUAUCAUCUCAGAUGUCACACUGGUGCUGACUGGAGGACUUCUCCACCAAACUUUGCAGUUAAUAGUGUUUAAAACCUCAUUAGUCCACACAAUUUGUGUGCACAAAAGCACAGCUGAAAUGUGAAUCAUAGUGAAACCACUAAAACAAUUUAUUACUUCCCAAGUGCUAAAAUGCUGCACAUUGUAAUUGAAAGAUUUUUGUAUCCUGAAUUUAAAACUGAUAUGUUUUAUGACUUUUGGUUUCAUUAAUCAUUAAUAUGUAUUACAGGAACCCUUUAAGUACUUGUUUUUCUUUUAUUUCUUCAAACACAGGAAGGCUUUUUGAUCAAGGGCAGUUGAGGGAGGGGUGAACAUACCUUACAGAAACAAAAUUCUUAACCUCAGGAACAAAUUAUUUUCCCUUCUUCAACAUCUCAACUUAACUUAAUUAGUUUCAUAAGAUCCCCUGCGCUGAAACUAUUAACAAGAAGCUAAAUUAACUUUUCCAGAAAUCACCUAAAACCAACUUGUAACUAGCAACUAAAAUUUACAGCAAAAUUUACAGCAAUCUAAAUUUUAAUCCCUGCUAAGUAUUAUCUGUUUUGGGGCAUAUUCCUUGUGUCUCAAUAUAUAUUCUAAUACUUCGUUAUGUUCCACAGAGUACCUAUAAUGCCAAGAGAAUUUUCUUUUUAUAUCUUUGGCAUAAUAUGUGUUCCUUAUGUUUAUAAUAAUACAAAUUUUGAAAAUAGUUACAGAAAUGUCAUUUUUUAAAAUUUCUACUGAAAUGCUUGCUAUUAGGAACACCCACGGAAUGAGUAAUUACUUGGAGCUUUGACAAUGAAACUGUGUGGGAAGAAGUUCUUGCCUCUGCAAUAUGAGCUAAAUGUUUGAUAUAGUGUCAUGUGCAUUGGAUUAUAACUGCAAUUUUCACUGAAGUCAAUGGAGCUGAGUUUCAAUAUGAUGUUGACCAUUUAGCACAUAUAGUAGGUAGUCAACUUCUAGCCGAAACUCUUCACUUAAGAUGUGAAAGGCAGCAUUCUAGGUUAAUUUUUAUGUUGUUCCUGAACCAGUUUUUACACAUUAUUCAUCUGAUUUUACUGGUUAUUGAUUACAUCAAAUCAUCACCCUUAUUAACUUAUUAACAUCAUUCAUUCCAUCGGUCCAGUUUGCCUGAAUACAGUAUAACUCUCUGUGUGGCUGGGACUUCAGCCAGGAGUUUCAUCCUUCAUAUAACACCAAAAGCGUCCAUUUGGUUUAUCAUUUAUGCUGGCUCUCGCAACAUUUCUCUGUCCCUCUUUUCCCUUGUAUUCCAUCAACUCUUCUGAUGUUUGCAUUCAGGGUAACUUACAGUUGCCAAUUCACCUACCAGCCUGCACAUUUUUGUGGUGUGGGAAAAGACUAAAGCACCCAAGGAAUCCCACAUAGCCGCAGAGGGUAUGUGAAACCUCCACAGAAUCUGAGAAACACAAAAUAAAGCACUGCUUAUAUUGUCUGUGACUGUGGCCUCUCCCUUCCCCCACUUUCAAUCUUAUCACUGUAACAUUUCGUUUUUGAUUCAUCUUUCACCUCUCCAAAUAUUUUUUGUACUGGUUAAUUGUAAACUUUAAUGACGUAACUAAAGAACCAAUAACUUCCAAGCUCUUGUACUUUAUAUUCUUGAACACAAUUGUUGCUCUUAAUCAAAUUAUUUAAAUAGAAUCUUAGAGCACUGAUGCACAGAAACAGACCCUUUGCCCCCAUUUAGUCCAUGCCCAACUGUUUUUCUGCGUACUUUCAUCGACUUGCACCUGGGCCACAGCCCUACUACCCAUUUACUUAUCUUAAAUGUUCUCCUAUACGUUAAAAUCAAACCCACAGGCACCACUUCCUCUGGCAACUCAUUCCACACUCUGAGUGAUGAAGUUCCUGCUCAGAUUCCCAUUAAAAUUUUCAGCUUCCGCCCUGGCCUCUCAUUCCAGUCUCACUAUAAAUUACUUUUAUCACUAAAAAUACUUACAUUUUUCUUUGACACUUGUAUAUAACUUUUACUCCAGAGAAUCAGUAUGCUGUCAAUCUAACUUACUUGAGAUUGCUCCUUCAUCAAAGAGUUCAAGCUAUUCCUGAAUGUUUAUCAUUUGGGAUAUCUGAAUAUACAAAUAAGUCAUAUGUUUUGUUAUAUUUCCAACAAAAAAAUAGCAUCAGAGCCAAACACUUUAAACUGCAGUUCAUUAAAUAAGUACAAAAUGAUUUAAUAAUACACCUCAUAAUCUCAUUUAAAUGCAAUAAAUUCUUAUCUGAACAUACAGUUCAAGGAUAUCAACAUGACUAAGGAAAUUCAAUUCUACAGUACUUCAUUUUGCCUCAUUCUUGUAAAUAUUCUCCCAUCCAAUGUGGAUAUUGCUCAAGGUGGUUAGUUUUUAAGUAGAGUAGUUCCAAAACACUGUUGAUAUAUAUAAAUUCUAAUGCUAUGACUUGAAUACAUGAAAACUAAAAUCAUAAUCUGAGGUACCUUACUUAAAACAUUUAAUUUCACAAUUUAAUGUUCUACUCAGAAAAAUCCUGCCAGUUGGAAAACUGUCAAUAUUUUCAGAUCUGUUCUCUACAUAUAAGGAAAUAAACAUAUACGCUAUAUAACAUAUAUAUUCUGACCAAAGGUAAGUUAACAGAGGGCACCCAUUUACAAUGAGAGGUCUGAGAAUUACUGAAAAAAUAUUCACCUCAAAACUGAUCUCUAGUAGUUUACACUAUGUAUAAUAUAUAGUAACAGCUGUGCUUUGGCAGCUCGGCUUUACUGAAUAACUGAACAAAAUUUCAGAAGCACGUAGAAUCUAUGACUGUCAUAACACAGCACAGUGGCUACAAACCAGAGAUGAAUUCCUAAAAUUUAUGUAUUUCAUGGUGCUUGAGCAAUUUUGUAAUGGCUUUUUUCUUUUAAUUAAGCAUCGGUAAUGUAUUGCCCUAAAGGUUUCUCUAUGAGCAAGUUUUUUGCCCGUGUUUCUUGAUAAUCGCCUCCUCGUGACCCCAGUCCCAUUUGGAAGAAUUUUACAACAGUUGUUAAGGAGUUGCUAUUAUACAAUUACUAAUACAAUAAUAAUGUAUAAAAUACAAGCAAAAUUUUAUAUUUGUAAAAUAAAUGACGCAAUUUACUGUGUUGGCGCAUGGCCAAGUGGUUAAGACGUUUGUCUAGUGAUCUGAAGGUCGCUAGUUCGAGCCUUGGCUGAAGCAGCAUGUUGUGUCCUUGAGCAAAGCACUUAAACACACAUUGCUCUGUGACGACACCGUUGCCAAGCUGUAUGGGUCCUAAUGCCCUUCCCUUGGACAACAUCGGUGGCAUGGAGAGGGGAGACUUGCAGCAUGGGCAACUGCCGGUCUUCCAUACAACCUUGCCCAGGCCUGUGCCCUGGAAACCUUCCAAGAUGCAAAUCCAUGGUCUCACGAGACUAGCGGAUACCUAAGAAGUGAUGCAAUUUAGAAACUAGAAAUCCAAGUUAAUGUGACAAGUUAAUAUAAUGUCCAAGGCUACUAUUUAGAAAUAGUACAUAGACAAAACAUUUUUUUGGUAGUAGAUUUUACAUGUUCUUUAGCAAGGUGGUAAAUAAUCGGCGUUUGUAUACAGUGCCUUGCAGGAAAAUAGGAAUAUUCUUUGCAUUGCCCUAUUUUGUUCAACAGAUGGAUAUAUGAACCUUUCAAUGCUUCUACAAAUUACUGGCUUUUAAAUUUUAUAUUAUACUUAGUGCAGUUAUUGGAGACAGGCUUCAUUAAUACAAAUGAUUGUUGAAAAUUUCACACUUCCAAAAUGUGAUGAUAGUUCAGAUUUUGAGCUAAGUUAGUCCUUUUUUAGGAAGAAGUUAACAAAUUCCAGCUGCACGGUCUAGAGAACUUUACAAUGAACCGUUUUUCUAUUAUGUUGAUAGGAAUAAGGAAGUGCUGCCCCCUGUCCCUACUGCUGUGAUUUCCAGUCAUGUUGUCACUAUAAUAAGAAACUGUAGUGACUAUUUUUCCAUAAUAUCUAGGCUACAGUUAUUAUGCAUAACUAUGAGUUAGUUGCCUGUGGAGCAGAAUUUUGAAAAAUUCUUGUUUCCAGUUCUAUUAAAUUAGAUGAAAAGUACUAUAUAUUUUCUAUACAAGAUGACUACUGUUACACCAUUGCAAAUCAGCGAUAAUGUAUAUCCUUGAGAUCCUGUUUAGAAUUAUGUGACAACUCAGCAAGAAGUGUUUUAUCCUUUAACAAAGAUCUUCAUCCCUGCAAUAUUUUUAUCGUUGUAUUCAAAUUGGAACUCACUUCAAAGAAGUCACAAUAUGUUUGUCUGAUUUGCUAAAAUAUAGUACUUAAAGGGUUCUGUGACCAAAAGCACAAGAUUUAACAUAAACUAACAUGGUCUGCUAACCAUUUUCCAUAUAAAUUAUUGUUUGCGGUGUGUUCUGAAUAAUCUUUGUUCCAGGCAAUGUGUACCAAUAUUAUUGGAUUGCAUUAAGAAUAAUUCCCAUUAUUUGCUUCAAAGGUACUGUGGGUUGGGAUCACCAAAGGAGAGUUUCAACUCAGGCUGCAGUCGGUCUGAAACUAAUAACUGGAAGGUUUCUCAGGUUUUAUUUCCAGCUAUUAUUUACUUUCCCAUCUUCAUCUGUGCAAUAAUGCCUCUAAGUAAAAGUUUCUUCAGACAUAAUGUAAAGCAUUGGAUGACUUAGAGAUGCAUAGUUGAGAUGGAUUUCUCUAGUUUAAAUAUAUAGACAACUAGGACUUCAAGAAAAGAUAAUUAAACUAAAACAGUGAGUUACACCUUUCUGUGGGGUGGGUCACAUUUUGCUAUUUCAUGGGAUUUGGAGCCCAUUUCUAACAAAGAUAAUGGAACUUUAUGCCAGCUGUUACAUAUCAAACUAAUAUAAAAUUAACUUUGAUGAAUGCUUAUUUGAUAUCAAAAUUAGAUAAUUCUAAUUCAUAAAACUUCUAAUGGUUCAGCAGAAAAUUGCCUUCUAAUUCACAAUCUCAAUGAAUGAAGUAGAGGGGCUCUGACAAGUGACAUGGAAAUAAACCAAUGCGCCCAAAUAAUACUUCAGGAUUUCCCUGAUAAAAUGCCUGACUACUUGCUACUGAUGCGUAGUUUAAAUAUAUAAAAAAAUUAACAAAAAAACUACUAAAAAGUACAGCUUUGUUAGUGGUAUUAGCAGUUUGUAAUAAACCCAUCCUAAACAACAUCAGAAAAUAAAAAUUAACACAUCAGAUUUUUGUGCCUUGAAAUUCAUCCCUGGUCAGUAAUAGUGACAACACUUGGUACUCUGUCCCCAACCUUAAUCCCAUCCACUUCCAUGGUUUGCAUUUCAGAAGUAAGAGUAGAACAUGUUAGAGUUGUUGUAUAAUGCUUUUAACAUCAUUGACAAGGAUGACUUUGCAGGCUAGAAGCUAUUGCAUGCUGCUGCAACUAUUUUUUCCAGAUAUCAGCAGUAUCAGGAUAUUCCUGCUCUUUGGCUCAACCACUUAAAACAAAGCCCAGUGUAACAAAGAUGAAAUAUUCUCUGAUGAGAUAUUAACACUGGGAUUCAAAUUGAAUAUAAUAGAUACUUCUAAAGGUGUAGCCACUUCACCAUUUUUUUAAUAUUUACCCCCAGAUAAUUAUUAUUCUAACCUUAUUAGAGCAUUUUUCAUAAGUUACAUGUGCUUUUAUAUUUCAACAUUAUUCUCUCCUUUAUAGAGCAGGAACCUAUAUCCCUUGUAGGAUGGGAAGUCAUUAAUCUGGCUUCCUUUGCCUAACAGAAAUGAACAGAGCACUGAAAUUUAACCUGGUACUGUCACUUCGAGAAAUGGGCCAAGUUACCACGCCUCACAGAUACAUAGACAGCUCAGAAGACAGUCCUUUAAAAACUAGGACACAUAUUUCAUGGGUUUAAUUUUGGCUCCCCUAUUAUGUGAGCGUAGUUUAUUUUUAUUGAUUGCUUUAGAUCUCAUUGGUUCUGAGUAACAUUCCAUGACAUUCCAUUCAAGCUUCAAGCAGACUGGCUGGCAUGUGUGAAAUACUUGAAGUUUAAGAAAAUAAUAGGAGUGUCUGUGUGCUCCCAAGUGCAAAAUGUUAAUUUUUAAAAAAGACAUAGGUGGUUGGCAGUAAAAUCCAAAUGUAACAUCUUUAUUCCAAAGAUGCCUUUUUCACAGUGUCUAGUGAUGGGAAAGCAUCUAUUUAAGUUAUUUUUGCUGCAGCAGUAGAAUGGUACAAAUUUCUGUAAAGAACUGGAUAUUAGAAAAUAAUAGAUACUAUUUUCUGUCUUAAGGUUUGCUUUAUUGUCUUAAAAUGACUCGUUGAUGCUGAAACUACAACUUAAGAAUUAGAAUAGUUAAAACAUAAGUUCUAAGCCUUUCUAUCUGAACAUGAAAAAUGAAGUUAAGGACAAAUACGACCAUAAAGUAAUAUAUCCUAAAUUAUUAGACUAAAACUUCUGCCAGAUCUAGUAACCUAUUUGAUGAAUAAUAAAUUAAUAUAUUGUGUUCAAGUAUGUUCUGUAUUUACAGCGAUGCUGAUCAGGCAGGACCAAGUAACGUUGAAAAUAUUAAAGAUAAGUUCUUAAAUCAUUCAAAUAUCCAAAAUGGAUGAGUACAUAUGAUCAAAAACACAUAUAUUCAAUAUUUUGUUUAAUUGAAAACAAAAUCUGUAGAUGGUGGAUUCUGAAAUAAAACCAGAAGCUGCUAAGAUAUCUCAUCAGAUCAGAAAAUAGAGUUCGUGUUUCAAGUGAGAACAAUAAAAGGUUACUGACUUGAAGCAUUAACAUUAUUUAUGUCUCAGCAGGUGUUGGCUGACCUGAUGUGCAUUCCCUCAAUUUUAUGCUUUUGAUAGUUUAACCAUCCUCUGCCAGUUUAACUUCAUUGCUAAAAAAAUCUUUUCUUUUAAACAAGUUCAACUCCUUUGAAUUUAAGUAACAGUGGAUGAAAUUUUGUCAGUGAUGCAUUCUAGGUGGUUUGGUGCCAGAUCUCUAAACAAGUUGCAGUCCAGUCUCAUUUGUCAUUUUUAUUUAGGUUCACCCAACGGGGAAAGUUUAUCAAAUUGCUAGCAACUUUUUAUCAGAGGGAAAUGGAAAAAAAUAAAUCUCUUUAUGCAGCAUUUUUGUGUACCGGCUGGAAAUUUAACUGAGGCACGAUACUGUUCUGCAAGCACACCUGACCAAAUACAAAAAAAUAAGUCUAGAGCACUAUCAGGGACAAUUAUUUAAACAAAAUACAAAUUUGGAGAUAAGGCGGGAGAAAAUCAACAAUUGUAAUUUCUUGUAAUGUAAUUGACAUGCUCCAAGAGGUUUACUCUAAUACAGACUGAAUUGAAUUAGGUAUGAUAAAAAAUGCUGGGAUCAAACAUCUUAUGUUUUAUAUUUUAUUUCUGGGACAUUCAAAUGGGAAUUAGCACAAACCAUAGGUUAUCAGCAUAUGGUUUAAAAAAUUAAACUGCAAGUCUAUUACAGAUGCUGGCCUAAGUCAGGAUAUUUUAUCAGUGUUAUUUCAUAUAUGCAUGAAGGAUGUUAUCUGCCUUUUUGCUAAAUUGUUCUGUUUCCUCUGAACCUCGAGUUGCCUGAACUGCAGUAUAUUCCCAGCGUCUUUUGUUUACAGUCCUUUACUUUCAUCAGAGGAUGUGUGUUUAAUUAAGGUAUAAGAAGGUUAGAGGCAAUCUGUAAAUUUUGUUUUCACCCUGACGGUGUUUCCAAUCUGGAUCGCAUUGCCUGAGGAGAUAGUAGAACCAGGUGCUCCCAUAAUAUUUGGAUGAACGCUGGAAUCAUGAACCUUAGAAGACUAUGGACCACAUGCUGGUGAACAGGAUUUGUAUAGAUGGGUUCUUGAUGGUCAACAUGGUCAUGAUGGGCAGAAGGGACUCCUUGACUAUGUACAGAGAACUAAAAUUGUAUAAAUUAGACAAAGAUUGAAAUCUGCUCUGAACUGCAAACCUAAUUCUCUACAUAACAUAGGUACAUGCUAGAAAAUAAUUGAAAUGGUUUCCAAUUAUUUUCUUUUAUGUUCAUUGUUAUCUAAGAUAAUAUCUCCUUGUCACACCAGGGAGUCCAGUCAAUAAUUUUGUUGUAGGACAAGGAACAGAGAAUGUAGAUUUAAAAUGUGAUUGUUGUUUAUUAUGUUGUUGUUUAUCAUUACCUUGGGUAGCAAUGUGAUAAGUUCCUGCAAGACUAGCUUAAUAGCUCACUGCUAGAAAGGUGAAGUGCAACAGAAUUUUACAAUCCUUAAAUCAACCAUGUUGGAGGUCAUCUAUUCCUUUCAUUUCGGGGCGUAAGUUCAAGUCUUUGGAGUUAGAGUAGGAGACUUUCUGUUGCUAUCUCUCACUUGAAAGCCAAGCGAUUACAGUUGAAUAAGUUAUGGGGAUUUGAGUAUUCUCACUUACAAAGUUUUGUGAAUUAUGGAAUUUGAUCUGAGAGAUCGUUGUUGCUCCUUUAAUUAAUCUUAAAGGGAUAUAUAGCCUGCUGAAUUUUUAUCCCAACUUUUACUUAAAUUUGCACAGAUGGAUGAUUAUGGCAGCAUCAAUCUCAUAUCGGAAUAUCAAUGCUUAGAAGUAAGACCCCUUUGCAGAAAUUAUGCACUAUAACCAUUUUAGGUAUGGUUUAAUGCAGUGGCAGCCACUUCUAGCCCAUUAGAAAAUUGGACCCAGUCCUGUUGCAUCUCUAGAAAGGCUUACAUUUCUGCCUUACUGACAUAAAUUGAUGAAUGAUGCAUUGCAUAGAACAUUUACUUAUAGUACAUAUUCAAGCAAGGAGCAAGUCCCACAGUAGGCCUGAGUCUUCGCUGGAGUGUAUAUCUGUUAUAUUAUUGCUGGAUCUCUGGGUUAUGCUCCAAAUCACGGUUAAUAACCUUCCCUGAUCAGUGAGUCUGCACAUCCUGUGCUGCAGGACCACACACAAUGCAUGACUCAAAUCUCUGACAACAGUCACUGGAUGAGGAAGGCCCAGACUUCAGUGGCAUAUACCCUUCCCUCAAAUACUCCACCAUGUUAUGGGAACGUUCAAUGUCACUAUACAAUGGUUAAAAUAGAAAAAGUCCUUCACAUCCUAUGUUUUACCACGGUAAAUAGCAUGAAUUUUAUUGGUCUUUUUCUUUCCCUUAGUUUACAGUAUUUCACAUGAUCCCAGACUGGCAUGAAUGCAAAACACAGCACUUAUUCAGCACACCAGUUAAGGGUGUGUAACACAACUGAGUCGCGUUCCACAGCACAUUAUGAAUUGGAUUGUUGUACUUUGGGUACAAGUUAUCUGUAUCUUUAAUGUGAUUAUAAUCAAUGAUUAAUAUAUUGUGAUUAGCUUGAGUUUUAAAAGUAAACCCAAUAUAUUUUAGUUCUGAUAUUACCAGUCAGGAUUUGCAGUUAGGGUUUUGCAUUCUAAAACAUUCACUAUCAACCCCACCAAAUGAGAGAGUUGUGGAAAUUUUCUGGCUAUUAGUUGAAGCAUCCAGACAGUUAUGGAAGUGAUAUUGAAUUACAUAAGAACACAUUCAAGAUGGAACAGUUCAUUUUCCCCAGUCCCCCUGUCUGUUCCAGCAUUCAGUAAGAUCUUUAACAUUAUUGUCAUUUUUCUGCAAAAUUCUGUUGAUCCCUCCAGCUAGAAAAUGGCCAUGAAAAUGCCAGUUCUCUUUAUAAAUCUCAAUUGACCUUCUCUGACUCGUCUAGCCUUCCUGUGAUCUCUCAGUAUUAGUUUUACAUUCUUGUAUAUGCAAUACAUUUGAACUGGUCAAUAACAAGAACUUCAUAUCCCACUUUUAAAUUAUCUAUUAUGAAGCAUCACUAGUGUUAGAAAUUGGGGUUCCACCUAGAUAAGUAUUGUAAAAAAAAACAAUAUUGGAUGAUCAAUUUGGACAAUGAUAAUAUUUCUCUUAUUUUAAAAUUUGUUUUCUUUGGUUGAGCCUACAGAGCCACAUUUAACAUUUUUAGUGAGACAUUAAUAAAGUAUAACAUUUUCCAACAUAAACCUAAGGAAUCAGAUGUAGGUUUGCUAAUAAUUAACUUAUUGAAGGUUUUUUUUAAUUUUGAAUGCAUUCCAAAAGUUAGGUUUGAACUGUAUUAAGGUGAAACAUAUCUGAAACAAUUUAUGAUGUCAUUUUUCCAAAUGAACUUUAAGCUACUUACAAAAGCAAAAAAAAAGUGCAGAUUAAGUGUUCACCAUUGUGCCACACUUUUUGAUUAUACAAACGUAUAUUUGGUGCUUGUUCCUUCAUGUAAAUAUAUACUGCAGCAACCAAAAAAAUCAUCCUGGUCAACUGUGUAAAUAUGCAAUGGAAAAACUCAUUAACAACAGUCUAGAUUUACCCUAAACUAUUGUAAAUGUUUUACUUACAUUUCAGGUAAUUAGAAACAUUGUCUUUCCUCUCUUUCUCAAAAUGCUACAUUUUAAUUCUAAUCACAUUGUGUAAAUGAAAAUCAACUAAAUAUGUCUGUGGCAAUUGUUAGAGUAGAGUUCUGGCAAGUACAUUUACUAUUUUUUCUUAAUUUGUAACUUCCAACAUCCAGAAAGUAUCUGUGAUAUUUAAGGAGUGCAUUUGCUUGAUGCACUAUAAGUACUUUACUUGUGAGCAGUUGUGGACCAGCAGGUGUUCCUUUGUGGUUACGUAUAAGAGUACAAUAGAGCAAAAAUUUAAAGAAAGCCGAAACCAUAUAAACGGUAACUAUCUGUUAAGCAUGAUAAUAUGUCAUGUCAUCUUAAUAUUUUACUAUUUAAUUUUUUAAUGUUAUUCAAUGUAACUAGAAAUGUUAUUAAUGAAGUUUGGCUUUAAUUUCUCUUGGUUUUACUUUUAUAAUUCAAAAUGGUUCUUUAUACAAAUGUAGAGGUGAACAGUUACCCUGACUUUAUUAUCAGGGUAUUUGCACAGUUACUGGUUAAGUAAUUAAAAAGAAACUGCUUUUUACAGUUUAGAAUUUUUUACUGGUUUCUCUUGUGUCAUGUUUUUCGAGUUGUAGGAUAUAUUUGAAAAGGUUUUUUCUGUAAGUAUAGAGUUUGGUACCACUUUCAACCAAGCCUCUGUGAUGAUGUGCUUCUGAUGGGUAUUUCCAAUAUUGUGUGUGGAUAAAUGUGCUAAGCAGAAGCAGUGAUUUAUUGUAAGGGACUGUGCAACAAUUUCUAUUGGCUUUUUAAAAGUUAGCUUCAUAAAGAUUAUUGACUACCUGUUUCAUUAGACUUUCUGAUAAAUCACCUCUUUGGCAAACUCUUAAAUCUUUUUACCAAACAUCAAAAACAGUGAAUUAAUCAGUAGAGGCAUUGCCCAUUGGUUUCAAUGUAUUGAUAGAUGGAAUGGCAAUUUUGAUGGGAUGAUUUAAAGUCAGAAUGUUAUCACAUGUUUAUAUAUCCAUUUGUUGAUUGAAAGUAUUGGCCAUGAAGAUUAAAGACCCACAUAAAUAAAUAAGCUUAAAUCAGCCAAUUUCAUUGGACGUUGAAGCAUUAUCAGAAAGAGUUUUCAGGUUCUAUGCAAGUCCUGCUAUAUUUCCUCAGCUUUAAAAUUAUUAAAAUGCAAAAACUGUUAAAAUAUUUAAAAUUGACUAGAAAUAAUCAAUAAACUUAUUUAUGUUAGACAAUUGCAAUUUCACAUCCCAUUUAAAAAUUCGUAAGUGAUGUCAUUUUAUCUAUUAAAGUGAUUCAAGAACAGUCUUUUUUCCAACAUGGAAAUUGUAUAAUGGUUAAACUAGUCCUUGUGAAACAAAUACCAAAUUUAGAAGUGGUCACUAAAUUUUAGACAUUUGAAACCAUAAGUAGGAAUUAAAUAUGUUUCUCAAUUGCAUCUGUUCAAGAUCAUGCAUUGAUUCUUGUACAUAUGUCUUUUUAUACCCUUACUAAUGAAAACAGCCAAUACAGAUUGCUGAAUAGUCUUCUUUAUAUGCCAUAAAGUUGGAUUGUUAGGAUUUAAAAGCAUUAACAUUAAAAUGUUUACUAAACUGUGAAGUCAUAGACCCCCAUGUUAGCAUGUUAUUAUGUUUGCCUAGGUGCUCUGUUCUCAGUUACUUUUUAUGAACAAGUUUUGCAAAGCAGUUCUUUGUAAACUCGCUUUAUAUUUUGUACAUUAUAAUGUAUACAAUGUAAAUACGCAAUGUCAGCGACAGCAAUCAUUUAAAGUGUCUGUAGUCUUUCAAAGAAACUAAUGGAUUCUAUUCUCUAUUGCCAGAGUAACCGAUCAGUUGCCUGUGCUCUUGGCUCAAUACCAACCUGAAGCAUGUUUCUAUGGCAACAGAAUUAUCAUCUGUCUAACUUUCUGUCCAUUAAAGUGAUGCUACAUAUUUGUCAGUUAUUUUUGUAAUGUCUAAUGGGUCAUGAAUUUGCCACACAUUCAGAUUGUCUUGUUUACAUAGUAGAAGCUAAUGUGUGGUCAGUGUGGA